GGUGUCCUGGCCCUGGCGGCGGCGUCCGCGGCCCUGGGGGCGCUCGUCUUGCCGCGUGCAGGAUCCUGUUUUGCCUCGUUCGCUGGAGGCCGCGUGUGCGGCAGGCCGCGCGCCACCCAGCCGGAGCGGCGCGCUGGGCUGGUACUGCACGCGGCCUGCAGCGACACGGUGACGCUGAGCUCCCCCAGAGGCGGGGAGAUCGAGGCAGACGCCGAGUUCUUGGCGGAUAUCCAGAAAGCCGGCUUCACCGUGGCGCCCAGUGCCGAGACGCCGACGCUGGCGGCCCGUCCGCCGGCCCCAGUGCGACAGGCCCCGGCACCGCCGGCGAGGCUUGCCAGCGUGGCGGUCCCGCAGGCCCUGACGGGGAUCCCAUGCGCCUGGUGAUCGCAGUGGUUGUCGCGCUGGCCGCCGUGGUCGCCCUCGCCUCGGGCGGCGGCGAGGCCGAGCCCGCGCCCGCGCCAACGCCCGCUCCCGCGCCAGCGCCCGCGUCGCCGUUGGCGGCGGAGCCGGCGCCCGCGGCAGCGCCGGCAGCCGCGCCCGCAGCGGAGAGAGUGACCACCACGGACGCCCAGGGCCGCGCCCGAUUCACGGCCGGCCUCGAGGCUGGUGAGGAGAAGAAGUAG